AUCACAUCACAGCAAGAAAUCAGCAGGAGUCAUCAUGAGACCAUUCAGUGUAUUAAUGUUUAUAACAAUCGGUCUCCUGUUGAUCACGAGACACCCAGCAAUAAGUGAACGUCUUCCACAACCCACCUUAUUCCUAUACACAAAUGAUCCAGAUGAUGUGAUUAUGGAGGGCGACACAAUCAGCAUUUUCUGUGAAACCAAAUACAGGAACGCCAAGAAGUUCUUUUUAACAUGUCUCAGCACUAAUGAGACAAUAGAGCAGAAAGGAUCACACUUUAGUCUCAGCCAAAUCACCAGUGGAGCACAUACGUGUAAAUAUUGUGACGGAGCUUCAUGCUCAGAGCCCAGUGACCCUGAACACAUCUAUGUUCGAGAUGCAUUGCCAGAGCCAAUAAUCUCUGUGACACCAAGCAAAAUAGUCCACUUCGGAGACAGAAUCACAAUCACAUGCAGUGCUCACUAUGAGAAUGUCAUCUUUUCGCUCUACAAAGGCAAUAAGUUGGUUAAGGAAGCCGCCGCCAGCACGAAUACAACUUCCUAUGAAAUACAAAACAUUGGAAGGGAAAAUGCUGGUCAGUACAUGUGCUGGUAUAAGAAAACAACAAACAACCGUCUGAUUCAGUCUCACCCGAGUGACCCCCUGAUGAUACGAAUUAAAGACCUGCCCAAACCUACAGUUUCCCUGGAGUUUCCUGAAGGCGACAGCGGAAGUGUCAUUAUUCACUGCGCGGCUCCCAGAACAGACAGUAGAAUGUGGUUCCAGUUAUUAAGGGAAAAUAAAAUAGUUGAACAGGAAAAAGAGGACACACAGGAAAACAAAGCGACAUUCACAAUCAAGGAUCUCAAUGAAAAAUAUAACUGCAUUUACCGGAUACGCAUCGGCACUGACUUUGCCGACUCUAAAUUAAGUGACGUCGUGUUCCUGGGUAAAGGUGAUCAUACCACAGGCAACAUCAUCCGUUUAAUUUUUGCCGCCGUCGUUCUUAUUGCCACUGGCCUCAUUCUCCGAAAACACUUGAGCGAAGACCAGAAUCUCGAAGAACCUGCCCCCGACCUGCCCGCUGCUCGAGUCUUGCUUGUUAAAGAGUCAGUGGAAAUGGAAAUUCAGAUGCAGCAUGAACCUGCCAAGGAAAAUGAAUAUAAAUCAAUAUGAAACCCUUUAAAAUCUUUAUUUUCAACCUGUUAAACACAGUAGACCUCAUUUAUCGACACUUGCAAUAACCUAUAAUCAUUGCAUUGCUUUCAUUAUUCUACUUGCAGGAGACUGAUCAGUAUUAGCACAUGAUAUAUAUAUAUACCCUCAUUAAACAGGCA